UAAAUUCUAGUGCUAUUAUGAUUUUGAUGUGUUGUUAACUACCUUUUUCUGUUUUGUACAUAAUUAGAAGCAAAGCAAGAUUAAUAGCAAGAAUCGAAAAAAACAAAAGAUGCCACAUCGAACAGGGCGAAAAGAUCAUGUGAACCUCAGGGAAGAGCUUCGGAUUAAAACUGGAAAAGAGCCUUCGAAACUAGACGUUUUUAUUCAUUCAAGACAAGGAAAACAAAUGGAUGAGUUGACUUCACAAACAAUUGCAACUAUGAAUGAGGAAAUACAAAAACUGCCAGAGACAUCCAGGGAUGAUAAUUUUGUGAAAGAUAUACUCUAUGAAAAUAUUCUUGGACCUGAAAAACCAGGUCGUCUUCGAACUUAUGGGGUAGGUGUGACUCCAAAAGACGUGUAUAGGAUGUCAGAUAACAUGAAUGAUGGACAAAAGAAAGCAUUUGACGAUGCAGUGAAUGAGAAAGUGGAAAUCAUACGUGGUGAACUACGAGAAGAAAUGAAUUCGAAAUUGGCAGAUUUUAAGGAGGAGUUGAUUGCUCAAUUUGAAGCAAGAAUGAGGGCAUCCACAUGUGACUUGGCAUCACUCCAAAGAAGAGAAAUGAAUGCAGCAAAACAAUCUCAAAUUUCGGACUCAUUAGAGGUUGGUGAUAGAAUGAACAGGGAAGUUGGAACAAAUGAUGCUGAAAUGUACAAGGAAAUUGGAACAAAUGAUGCUGAAAUAAACAAGUGUGAAAUGAAUAAAAAAGUUUCUUCAAUUGCUGAUAUUCUUGAGAACCAUCAUACAAAGAAGAAAAGGAGCAGGACUACUUGCAAACGACUUGCUUGAGCCCUAGACUUGAUGGUACAUUGGAAGCAUGCGGAUUGGGAGAUAUGAAGAUGUUUUUGAGAGAUGUAUGAUGAAGUGUUGUACUUUUGAAGACAAGCACAUUUUGGAAUAUAUGAAACAUCUUGUAAUUGGA